UUCGUGGCAACCCUGGCAUUCCAGGAUCACUGGGAGAGAGGGGACCCCCAGGUCCACCGGGCAUGCCAGGGCAGAAGGGGGAACGUGGUAAGAGAGGCAGGAAUGGAUCCACUGGGCCGGCAGGACGUCCAGGACCCCCAGGAAAACAGGGGAUCCGAGGGCUGCCUGGGACCAAUGGCAACAAGGGGGAGAUUGGCCUCGGUGUGGCAGGUGCGAGAGGUCCCCGUGGACUGCCAGGCCCCGGGGGGGAGGAGGGCAUUGCAGGAGUCCGAGGCCCAACUGGCAUGAUGGGUCUGAAAGGCCUGCCCGGAGCAAAAGGAGAAAGAGGUGAUCGUGGCCUCCUGGGACCCAAGGGAGAAAGAGGUGACCCCAUUACUAUUUUUGGACCUCAAGGCUAUAAAGGCAACAAAGGAGAUCUGGGUGAAUGGGGCCUGCCAGGCUUUGAUGGAGACAAAGGCGAGAAAGGGGAAGAUGGCCCUGCAGGAGAAAAGGGGGUCAAAGGCGAGGCAGGUGUGAAAGGGGCCAUGGGGCUGUUCGGCGCCAGAGGACCAGUGGGGCAGAAG